AUGUCGUCUACAAUAAUAGCCGCAGGACUGGCUCUUGCUGCCGUUGGUUUUACAGGCAGAUACGUAUUGCGGUCUUCUAGGGCAUGGACGAAGACCUUUCAGGAGCACAUGAAAGCAUUCCCUACAGCAGACACGUUAGUCGGUUCAAAAUACUAUAAAGGUGGAUUUGAAAUGAAGAUGAGUAAGCGAGAGGCUGGUCUCAUUCUGGGCAUCAGCCCAUCGGCGAGCAAGUUGAAAUUGAAAGAGGCGCAUCGAAGAAUUAUGCUUCUGAACCAUCCGGACCGUGGAGGUUCACCUUAUCUUGCUGCCAAGAUAAACGAAGCGAAGGACCUGCUAGAAGGUGGAAAGACCAGGUAG